AUGUCUACAACUCCAGCAAAGAAGGGCCCCAAGAUGCUCUAUCGCAACCUUGGAAACACCGGUAUCCGGGUUUCAGUUCUCAGUUUGGGAGGAUGGGUUACCUAUGGAGGCCAAGUCGGAAAUCAGGUCGCAUUCGACUGUAUGAAGGCAUCAUACGAUGCUGGCGUCAAUUUCUUUGACACUGCCGAAGGUUACGCCAACGGAGAAUCAGAAAAAGUUAUGGGUGCUGCCAUUCGUCACUUCAAGUGGCCACGAAACACCUUGAUCAUCUCGACCAAGAUCUAUUUCGGACCUGGUGUCCGUGAUAUGAAUGGUAUGGGCUGGAACGCCCGAGGAUUGAGCAGAAAGCACAUUGUUGAAGGUCUUGACGCCUGUCUGGAACGAUUGGGCCUGCCAUACGUCGACGUCGUAUUUGCUCACCGUCCCGAUGACACUGUACCAAUGGAAGAAACCGUACGAGCCUUCAACCACGUCAUCAACCAAGGAAAGGCUUUGUACUGGGGAACAUCUGAGUGGUCACAAGAACAGCUUACUGACGCUUGGGCUGUUGCAGACCGUCUUGGCCUCAUCGGCCCUGCUUGUGAACAACCUCAGUAUUCUAUGCUGGUCCGUGAGAAGUUCGAAGCCGAAUAUGCACCUCUCUACAAGAAGAGAGGUUUGGGAACCACCAUUUGGUCCCCUCUUGCUAGCGGUGUCUUGUCUGGCAAAUACAGUCAAGGAAACAUACCAAAAGAUUCCCGAUUUGCCAUGGCUGACGCUCAGAUGCAAUCGAUCCGAGCCCGAUACACCGAAAACGCUGAAGGGAAAGCUAACUUGGCUAAAGUUGAUGCGUUGGCGCCAAUUGCCAAGCGCUUGAACUGCUCGUUGUCUGCCUUGGCGCUUGCCUGGUGCGCUAAGAACCCUAACGUGUCUACUGUAAUCAUGGGUGCCUCCAAAGUCGAGCAAAUCCAUGAAAACUUGACUGCAAUUUCAGUCAUUCCAUUGUUGACUGAUUCAGUUAUGGCUGAAAUUGAGAAGAUUCUGGCUAACAAGCCAAAGCAAGCUACUGCCCGAUUCUAG